UUCGCGGCAAAAGAUGCGCUGGAAUUUCCUUUGGAAUUUUGCUGUUUUGGCGCUGGUUUUUUUCUGGGAAAGUGUCCAGGGGGAGGAUGGGGGGAAUGAUGAGGGUAAAAAGGGGUGUUGUGACUUGAGCAGGGGGUUGGAGACUUGGCAAGGAACGUGGUCUGUGUUCCCCACUGCUGCUAGCUGGUCUUUGGCCACCAGGAUACCUAUGACGACAGCAGAUUUCAUGGAUUCUGGUAGACAAGGACGAGGGAAGAACAAAUACAAGAAGAAAUUCAAGAAAUUCAUGCUUCCGCUGUUGCUGGCCUACAAACUGAAGUUCUUCACGCUGAUCCCAGUGCUGAUCGGUGGUCUGAUCUUGCUGACAGGAGCGACUGGCUUAGCAGGAUUCUUCUUCGCGCUGUUCGCUGCAGUAAUGGGGCUCAAGUCUGGACAUAGUGGUGGUCAUAGGACACUAGUUUAGUCUGAGAAAGUUCCUGAAUCUUUCACUGUCUAGAAU